GCGAAGUUUCUUGGCCGAACCUACACUGAUUUUGUCCAUUUCUUGUCAGUGCUAUUGUACAGUGAGCGCCAUGGAAUCUACUAUGGUGGAUAAAGCGACCCUAAUCACACUUCCCGAGGCCCAGCAAAGAGAAAAGGUGAACUGGGUGUUUGGACUGUACGGAAGUACUGGCACGAUAGACGGAGCUGACGUCAUCGACGCCAUUCGAGCCCUCAACUUGAACCCUACGAUCGCGUUUGUCUGUAGUCUGGGGGGCUCCACGACAAGAGGAGAGACCUCGAUGACUUUGGAAGAGUUCUGGAAGGUGUACUGCGCUGUUCGGGACGACACGAACGAGGGAGGUUUCGUGGACUUUAUAGAAUGUCUCAAGAUCUACGACGUUGGUGAAAACGGCCUCAUGAAGUUUGUAGACUUGAGUCACAUGCUCCUGAACUUGGGGGAGCCAGUAACACAGGAUGAGCUAGAUGGUGUCCUAACAGACUGCUUGUUAGAAGAAGAGGAUGAUGACGGCUGGAUACCUUACUUGCCGUUCUUGUGUCGCUUGUGUGAGAAGCCGGUACCUAAGAGCAUAAAGCCAGAAUAAAGACUGGAUUUCUACACCAUUAAAUUAACAUGGCGGAUCUAUUGACACACUAAAAAUUAUAUAAUUAUUUGUAUAAAUAAGCUGUUUUAAAACGUACUUGUAAAUAAAAUCCAAACUUUCACAUGAA